AUGGAGGCGGACGAGCGGGCGGAGGAGGCGCGGUGCGCCAAGGAGGCCGGCAACGACGCCUACCGCAAGUCCUUCCUCGAGACGGCCGUCGAGCACUACACCCGCGGCGCGCUCCUCGACCCCAGAGACAUCUCCUUCCUUACUAACCGCGCCGCCGCCUACCUCCGCUCGCAAUAUAAGGAGUGCGCGAGGGACUGCGACGAGGCGGUGAAGCGCGGCAGGGACCUCAGCGCCGACAACAAGCUGGUCGCGAAGGCGCUGUCCCGGAAGGCGUCGGCGCUGCUCGAGCUCGCGGCCUGCUCCGGAUAUUACGCACCGGCGAUCAGGGCCCUGGAGCAGUCGCUCACCGAGCAUUACAGUGAGGAGACGCACGAGAAGCUCAACAAGGCGAGGAGACGCACGAGAAGCUCAACAAGGCGGUGCAAUGAAUUGUUCAAGCAGAAGCAAUACCAUGACGCAGCAAUACACUACACACGAGCUACGAAAACGAACCCAAAGGAUCCAAAAGCAUUUAGCAACAGAGCUCAAUGCCACAUCUAUCUGGGAGCUUACCCUCAAGGUCUUGAGGAUGCACAGAAAUGUGUUGAACUGGAUCCAACUUUUCUAAAGGGCUAUGUGCGUAAAGCUAAAGUUCAGUUCCUGAUGGAAAAUUAUGAAAAUGCUAUGGCAACUUACCUAGAGGGUUUGAGGUGUGACCCAAAUAAUCUGGAGGUUCUUGAUGGCUUAAGAAGAUGUGCAGCAUGCAUUAAGAGGGCUAAUGGGGGUGAUGUUGAGCUUGAGGACUUGAAAGAGAUGUUGGGAAAUUUCCAAUCAGAAAAUGACCUGCUUAAAUUUCGAAAAGCAACAGAACAAGCUACAAUACUCAAGAAGGAAGCUUCUGACAAGCGUUUGAAGUGUAUUGAAUCAGAAAGAAUGGCUAGAACAAUGGAGGAAUAUCUUUCUGGAGUACAGCAAGAGUCGGAACGACUUAAGAAACAAUAUGAUGAGGUAAUGGAGAAACUUCUGAAGGCAAACAUGGAUAAUGAGCAUCUGCAAGGUCAGCUCUCUGAAUCCAGAGGACAAUAUGAACGGAUUCUAUCAGAGCAUGAUUGCUUGCUACACGAGAGGAAUCAUGCUGUCCGUGAGGUUCAAGAGUUACGUCAGAAAAGAGGCCAGAUGCUUUCAGUGUUGGUUACAGCAAUGCACUGUGAGUUUUCAUCAUCUGAACUGGAGCAUGCUACUGACAAUUUCAGUAGUUCACUUAAGAUUGGAGAAGGUGGGUUUGGCUGUGUGUACAAAGGUACCCUCCGGAACAUGACGGUUGCAAUAAAGGUGUUGAAACCUGAUGGUUUACAGGGGCAAUCACAGUUUGAGCAAGAGGUUAUCCUGAGUAGAGUGAGGCAUCCUCACCUUGUAACCCUGUUAGGAGCUUGCUCGGAGAUAUCUACACUUGUAUAUGAGUUCUUACCAAAUGGAAGCCUUGAAGAUUUUCUCAUGUGUGCAGAAAAAAGGCAGACUCUACCGUGGCAAAUUCGCAUCCGGAUAAUUUCUGAGAUCUGUUCAGCACUGACCUUUCUGCACAAGAAUAAACCGCACCCAGUUGUUCAUGGAGAUCUGAAGCCUGCCAACAUCCUUCUUGAUGUUAAUUUGGUCAUCCAGCAGCAACAACACUACCAUGUAUCGCACCAUGCAUCCUAUGGGAACCCUUCAGUACAUGGACCCAGAAUUUUUUGCCACUGGAGAGCUGACAUGUCAGUCCGAUAUCUAUUCUUUUGGGAUUGUGGUCUUGCGCCUUUUGACUGGAAAGGUGACCUGAACUCUGUAGUUGAUACCUCGGCAGGAGAGUGGCCUGCUGUGCACGUCCAGCAGUUAGCACUCCUUGCUCUCAGUUGCACAGAGCUGAGCAGGAAGCGCCGUCCUGAUCUUUCAGCCGUGGUUUGGGCAGUGGUUGAGGCGAUGAGGGAUGCUGCAACAAUACCUUCAGUCUCAUCUUCUAGAUCAGUGUCAGAUGAAAACAGCACGCCGUCAUAUUUCAUUUGCCCUAUAUCUCAGGAUGUCAUGGACGAUCCACAUAUCGCAGCUGACGGAUUCACCUACGAAGCUGAGGCCAUCAGGAGCUGGCUCAACAGUGGCCACGACACAUCUCCAAUGACCAACAUGCGACUAGAACACGACGAGCUCAUUCCCAAUCGCGCGCUUCGCUCUGCCAUCCAGGAAUGGCUCCAGCAGCAGAAUACGGCCUUCUAG